AUGAGCAGCUUCACUGUUGGAUGCCGUGUCCGUGUGCUUCGCGGGCGACACUUCGCAGAUUUCGAAGAAGGUGACGAGGGCACAGUCUUGGACAUAAAUGCGGAGUGCCGCAAUUGCACUGUGGUCUUUGACCGCAGCCAGGCCAGAAUCAAGGUUGCUCUGAAACACCUUCGGCUGAUAUCUCAGCGGGCUGAAGGACGCAGUGGCGCCCCGUAUGCUGAUGGUGUCGACACAAGCUCACCCACGGCACUUGCUACGAAGAUGGCGCAGGAAAUGCGGCUGGCGGACGCAGCGAGCGUGAAGGCACUGGAAGCCCAAGCCGAGGACCUUCGCUCACGCCUCGCAGCAGCGUUGCAUCGCGCAGAUGCAUCAGAGGCCGUCUUCCCUGCCUUUGUUUCAUGUACUCUCACAUAUUGCCACUAUGAGUCAGUAGGUUACAGCACCUUUGACACAGCCACUGUUGCAAGCUCGCUGAUGCCUCGCAUUACGAUCUGCGACAAACAUCGUCUGGGUCUGAUACGCGCUGGCACCAAGCGUUUCUUCGAGCACGUCGGGCGCCGCCGACUCCCCCGGCCCUGCUGA